AUGGCUGAUUCAAAUGAAAAAAUGAUUCCCAUUGAAACUCCUAGUGGAAAAUUUAAUGUAUGGACAAAACGUAUUGGUAACAAUUCAACUAUUAAACUUUUAUUAUUACAUGGUGGUCCAGGUUGUACACAUGAACUUUUUAAAAAUUUCGAAAAUUUUUUACCUGCUGCUGACAUCGAAUUCUAUUAUUAUGAUCAACUUGAUUCAUUUUUUAGUGAUAAAUCGAAUGAUUCUACUUUAUGGACAAUUGAACAUUUUGUUGAUGAAGUUGAACAAGUUCGAAAAGCUCUCGGAUUAAAUAAAGAUAAUUUCUAUUUACUUGGACAUAGUUGGGGUGGUAUAUUAGCAUUGGAAUAUGCAUUAGCAUAUCAAGAAAAUUUAAAAGGUUUAAUUAUUAGUAAUAUGAUGAGUGAUGCACCAGAUUAUGGAAAAUAUGCUGAAAAUGUUUUAUCUAAAGGAAUGGAUCCUGAUAUAUUAAAAGAUAUUAGAAAGAUCGAAGCUGAUAAAGAUUAUCAAAAUCCAAAAUAUAUGGAAUUAUUAAUGCCGAAUUUUUAUUGUAAACAUGUUUGUCGAUUACAACCUUGGCCUGAAAUAAUUAAUACUGCUUUUUCACAUAUAAAUAAUGAUAUUUACACAUUAAUGCAAGGUCCAUCAGAAUUUGGAAUAUCGGGAUUAUUAGAAAAAUGGAGUAGAAAAGAUGAUUUAUUAAAAAUACAAGUACCAACACUUAUGAUUGGUGGAAUAUUUGAUACAAUGGAUCCUGAACAUAUGAAAUGGAUGGCUAAAGAAGUAAAACAAGGUUCAGUUUUAAUUUGUCAUAAUGGUAGCCAUUGUUCUAUGUGGGAUGAUCAAGAACAUUAUUUUCCUGGACUCAUUCAAUUUAUUCAAAGUGUUGAUAAAGGUGAAAAACCAAAGCCUAUAAUUCAAGUUUAA